AUGCGGCUAAAGGACCCUUUCUCUCUGAAAGCCGCCGAUAUGACUAAGCGGACUAAUAAACCGAGAAAACCUCGAGAUGAGGAGUCCUCAGAUGAAGUCAGUGGGUUGACUUGCCAACAUGUGAGUAAGGCGGUGGACCUCAGCUCGGUGAAGAAAUCCGUGCUCUCCAACGUGUGGUUGGUGUGCGCCGAGUGCUUAAAGGAGAGGACUCUGAUUGAUGGAGAGCCAGCAGCCUCCCAUGACAUCCUGGUCUGCCUCAAGUGCGGCUUCCAGGGCUGUAACCAGUCGGGGAUCCAGCACGCUGUGAGGCACCACCAAGCUUUCCAUCCAGAGUCUCACUGCAUCACCAUCAGCUUGAGCACGUGGAAGGCCUGGUGUUUUGAAUGUAAUGAGGAGCUCUCCACGCAUUGCAACAAGAAGGCUUUGGCACAGACCCUGGACUUUUUACAAAAGCACUCUGUGAAGGCAACAUCAGGAGCAUCACCCAAGACCAUCAAGUUGCAAGAGGAACCAUCCGAAUAUGGCGACUCGCCUAAAGGCAAGAGUCCAGCAGCUAACAGCACGUUGGUCCCUGUCAAAGGCAUAAACAACCUCGGUAACACCUGCUUCUUCAACGCCGUCAUGCAGAACCUGUCUCAAACGCACAUGCUCAUCGACCUCAUCCAGGAAGUGAAGGACAAAGGCUACAAACUGAGGAUCAGCCCCACUGUGGACGCCACCGUGAGUCCGUUGACGGUAACGCUGUCCAGUCCGGAGCCGCUGACUGCGGCCAUGUUUCUCUUCCUUCACAACAUGAAGGAACCGGGGAAAGGCCCGAUCAAUCCCAAGAUCCUCUUCAACCAGCUCUGCCAGAAAGCUCCGCGCUUCAAGGGCUACCAACAACAAGACAGCCAGGAGCUUCUGCACUACUUACUGGACUCCAUUCGAGUAGAAGAAACUAAGAGAGUGAAAGCGGGAAUUCUGAAGGCUUUCAAUAAUCCCACAGAGAAGACGGCGGACGAGGAGACCAAACGCCAAGUCAAAGCAUACGGAAAGGAAGGUGUGAAGAUGAACUUUGUUGACCGCAUUUUUGUGGGCGAGCUGACCAACACAAUUAUGUGUGAAGAGUGCGAGCAUAUAUCCACGGUAAAAGAGGCUUUCAUAGACAUCUCUUUACCCAUCAUAGAGGAGAGGAUCUCAAAACCCUGGCACCCUGGGCGGGUGGGGAAAGGCGGGAGGGAGCAGGACCUCCACCGGGGUUACAGGGAGGCGCUUCAUUUAGCGGCACACGCCGCCCACAGAAAACUCAGGAAGCUGAGUGGACAGAAGCAGCAGAGCAGGAGGUCCCUGAGCUCUGUGGAAGAGAAGGUAGCAGGCUGCAGCGCGGAGCGGCAAGAGGAGGACGGGGUCGCCGCCGGAUCGGCUUGCGGCGUCUCCGUCUGCAAGAUGGCCGCCGCCGGCAGCCUAUCAGACGGCAGCGAAAGGGACUCGGCCCCUCAGGACAGCAGCAACGACGCCGACAGCGAGGCCUCGGAGAGCGAGUGGGCCCCGCGCCCCUUCUCCUCCAGCCACGGGCACGCGUCCACCCCGUCCCAUACGCCCGCCCCCGCCGCCUCCCCGUCCCCGUCGUCCUCCGCCUCCAGACAAGGCGGCGCCGUGAAGCAGCUAGUCACCGCCGUGUCCAAAGUCAACAUCGCGUUCACUGCUGGGGAGGUCGCUCCUUUGACGCACCGCUCGCCGGAGGAGCCGGGAGAAACGCAGUCGCGAGACAACCUCCACCAUCAGCACCACCAGGGGGCCUUCCAGGCGCUGUCCCACAGCUACACACCCAGCUCCAAGGAGUGCUCCAUCCAGUCCUGCCUGCACCAGUUCACCUCGGUGGAGCUGCUGAUGGGCAACAACAAGCUGCUGUGUGAGAGCUGCACUGAGCGCAGGCAGAAACAGCUGCGAAAGAGCAGCUCGGCCGACAAGAAGGUGGAGAAGAUUUACACCAGUGCUCGGAAGCAAAUGCUCAUCUCCUCGCUGCCUCCUGUCAUCACAUUGCAUCUGAAACGCUUCCAUCAGGCAGGGAUGAACCUACGAAAAGUCAACCGCCACGUUGACUUUCCCCUGAUCUUGGAUCUCGCUCCCUUCUGCUCAGCAUCCUGCAAGAACCUGGCAGCUGGUGAGCGUGUCCUCUACAGCCUGUAUGGGAUUGUAGAACACAGUGGCUCGAUGCGGGGGGGCCACUACACUGCAUAUGUAAAGGUGCGCGCUCCCCAGAGGAAAACGGAGCAGCUCCAGAAGAACCUGUCAGGUACGAGGGACGCCGGGAGCAGCUUCCAGGGCCAGUGGGUGUACAUCAGUGACACCACCGUUCAGACGGUACCAGAGUCACGGGUACUCAACUCUCAGGCAUACCUGCUCUUCUACGAGGAACUGCUGUAAUGUGACUAGCAAAAGUAUUUUUUUUCUUUUCUAUUGUUUUUUCUUUUCUUUUUGUACAGGCCUGUAUUGCUCCUCAUCCUGUAUCUGUGAGUAAGUGGAAUGGAAAAGAAAAGAAAAAGGGAAAGACAGCACUGUACACCCAUUUGUCUUACGUGAGAGGAAUGACCGUUUUGCAUACAAAUGAUUUGUUUCCCGUUUUAAAAAUCCUUCCCUUUGAACAACAACAACAAAAAAGAGGGUGGUGGAAAAGAGCAUAAGUGAACCUGAGCUGUUCUAAGUUCAUCGUCUAUCUCCGUCACAAUCAGAUUGCUCGAGGUAACUAGCAGGAAAUGAGUAGAAUUAUUGCAUGCUAAGCUGCGCUCAACACUGACUAGCUGAUGUCAGGUGUGUGUUACUGUGUGCAUGCACACGUGUUUGAGUGAACGAGUGAGUGGGAGACAAGGGAGCGUAGAUUCAAGGUGCUAUGGGUAUUAUUUUCCCUUGGCUUCCCUCUACUGCAUUCUGCACAGUGUUGGUUCUUUGGCACAUAUUUGUUCACAUGUGUGCUCGAUAGUUUCUGGCAAUGGCGGGUGAAAAAUGGUAAGAAAUAUGAGGAGAACCUCGAGCACUAAUAAUACAGCGCCGCAGGCAUUAAAGGAGCAGUGUGUAAGAUUAAUGGAGCCCUUUUGGGAGAAAUGGAAUAUUAAACAAUGGGUUCCAUAUCUCCUAAAAGAGAGGGUCCGCUUCACAGUGUCAGAGUGUAUUUAAGGAGGGGACAUAGUUGAUUGAAACCUCGAGUUCAGCAUCUUGGCUUUUGCAUUAACGUCUUGGUUCCAUGUGACCAGCGAGCAGAAGUGACUAUUUUAUUAAACUCAUGUUUACAAUGUUUACUGGUAAUGAGUCAAGUGAGGGACGGGUCAUUUUCUAAUAGGCUUCGAUACAAUCAGACUACUUUUUGCAAACAAAGGAGUCGCCCCCUCGUGGCCAUCAGGAAGAAUGCAGGUUUAACUCAUAUUUCAGAUUCAAAGGUUGCCCCCUCCACGCUACUAAAAUCUACACAUUUCUCUUCUAGAUAGCAAGUUAUUGGCUCAGUUCCUACCUUUUGUAUGUAUGCUAAUGAUGAUGACUGAUAUUUGCCGUACAGGUUUUAAUUGGUACACAUAGGACCCUUUUAAAGAACAGUACAACAGAUGUCUGUACAGCCUCCUUUGAAAGUGUUUUUGUUUCUUUUACAUCCGAAUGUAACCAUGUAAGACUAUCAGUUUAUAACAUUUGCCAAAGACAAGUUUUGCAACAGAAAAUCAGAGCAGACAAAUCCUUCAUACCGUUUCUUUAACCGUUGUUCUUUGAAGGUCGUCAGUAUGGUUCUCGAGUGUUGCACAAAAGAAACGCACUCGGAUGUUUAUCAGACCAACAAAGCGCCUUGUUUGCCUUCAUUGUGUAUUAGCUCUAUUGUUACUGUACAGACUCAACUAAGAUUCAGCUGUGCGAUUAUCCCUCAUAAUAAGGUUGAGCAAAAAAUAUCUUUAAAAAAGAAACUAACUCAGCGGCUUUGAAACCCGGCUAGAAUUUAAAAAAGAACACUUUGCUGUAAUGUGCAUGGAUUAAUGUAAAGAAGUGAAUGUAUUACUUACAGUAUUCUUGGAAUGUCUGUCAAAUGAGCUGUUGCUAUGAAAAUAUUUUAGACAAUUUUCUUGGUACAAAGAACCGGUUUGAACACGUGCAUCAGGGUCUAGAGGCUUCUUUUUGUUUUGUAUUUUAAAACGAGGACAGCGCUUCGGGUUUAAGGAACCUGCGCAUGGUGAGAGAAAAAAACCUAUGCAGAAUACAAUGCAAAGAGGGAUAAGUGGCAUAUUUAUGUACAGUAUGAGUUACUGCGAGCAAAAAAUAAUAUAGUAUAUGUAAUUGUACAUAAUUGAAACGAUAUAAAACCAUGGUGCUUCAGGCGUGCAGGUUUUUUCCUCAAGACAAAUUUUUGGUUUCCAGAAAAUCAUGUAAUUAGACUUAUGAAAUGACUAAAAAGAUUUGGAAUGAGUGUAACUACAAGCCUUUUCAGAAAUAAAUCUUAACUUAUGAACUGAA